AUGGGGGAGCAUCACAGCGAUAAACCGGAACAUUUAGAUGAGGACGGCGAUGCCGUAAUGGAGGUUGAAGGAGAUCCAGGGGGAACUACCGAUGGGAAAGCCGACGACGGUGCAGGUGGAAGAGAUUUCCACCGCGUUCUAAAACACUUAAUCAAAACCCAUAAGCCUUGUUUGGUUGGGUUAGUAGAACCGAAGGCGUCCGGGUCGCAUGCCACCGAGAUCUACUCCAAGUUUGGCUAUGAGGAGUGUGUCCGAGUGCAAGAAGGGGGAGAAGAGCCAUGGCACCUCGCUAUCGUGUAUUGCAGUCCGGAGCAUCAUCUCAGGAGGCGUUUAUGGGACGAGUUCCAAGCGAACAAGAGGGUGAUUCCCGGACCGUGGUUUGUCGCAGAGGACUUUAAUGCCGUCACUUGCCAAGCGGAGACCUUGAUAUAUAAUGCUUAUUCGACGCCGAGGAGUGCAAAGUUUGUGGACUGGAUCAAUAGCGAAGAGCUCAUAGAUCUUGGAUUCUGCAGGCCACGUUUAACUUGGACACGAGGAACGGGUUCAUCCUCGGCUAAAGGGGCAAGGCUGGGUCGGGCUAUGUGUAAUAUGGAGUGGAGACAACGCUUUCCUGAGGCCCACGUGAAGCACCUACCGCGGGGGCAGAAGUGGCACUCACCCCUUCUGCUUCAUACUUUGGCAAGGAACAGAGGGGGCAGAAGUGGCCAGUUCAAACUCCAGGCUGCUUGGUUUACCAACUCCAAUUUCAGUGGGGUAAUUAAUAGGGCAUGGAACCCAUUAUCAAGCUGGCAAGUUAAUAUUGGCAGAGUACAGGCGGACUUGGUAAAGUGGAACAAGGAGAUUUUUGGCAACAUCACGAACAUGAAGAAUAUUCUGUUGUCCCGAAUUGAAGGGAUCCAGCGGAAUUUGGCGGUCUCGUUUCAUAGGGGCCUGUGGAAGCUUGAAAAGAAACUUCAAGGCGAGCUUAAAGAAGUGCUCUAUCAGGAGGAACUUAUGUGGUUCCAGCGGUCGCGGGAGGACUAG